ACUGAGCUGCCUGCUCAGUCGUGAAAUAGAGAAGAAGACUUUGAACAGAUUUUGUACUUUUAUUUUCUCCAAUGUCUAAAAUGAAGAAUAUUAUUUGGCCUCAGGUCAUUCUGUUCGGAGACUCCAUCACACAGUUUUCUUUUCAGCUGAAUGGAUGGGGCUCUGAGAUAGCAAACAAGCUAGCGAGAAAAUGCGAUGUGGUGAACAGGGGUCUGUCAGGAUACAACACACGGUGGGCGAAAGUGGUCCUUCCCCGCAUCCUCCCACCUACAGCCUCUAACCCCCCUGUAGCUGUAACCAUCUUCUUCGGUGCUAAUGACUGUUCCCUCGAAGACAAGAACCCACAGCAGCAUGUUCCCUGUGAGGAAUUCACACAGAAUUUGAAAGACAUGGUUAAAUACCUGGCCUCGGCUGGAGUACCUAAUGACAAGGUUAUCUUCAUCACCCCUCCACCUCUUCAUGAGGCAUCGUGGGAGAAGGAGUGCAUCCUGAAAGGCUGCUCUUUAAAUCGUCUGAACUCUGUGACCGGUCAGUAUGCUCAGGCGUGUGUCCAGACUGCAGGCCAGUGUGGAGUGGACGUGUUGGACCUCUGGUCUCUGAUGCAGAAGGAUGGACAGGAUUUCACAGUCUAUCUCGCUGACGGAUUGCACCUCUCUGUGAAAGGCAACCAGUUUGUGGCCGAGCACCUGUGGAGACUGCUGGAGAGUCGAGUGGCUGACUUGCCCUUUAUCUUGCCUUACUGGGGAGAUGUGGAUGCUAAGAACCCUGAAAACAGCCUCCUGAGUGAUUAGAUGGUAGGUCCGACGAUACGCAGAAGCACUGAACUGCAGCAAGCCUCUAUAGUUUGGUGAGUUUAAUACCUGUGUAAAGGAACAGGGCAAGGGAGUUAUAUGGUGGGGUAACCUUGACAGUUACAGACAUGCACUUUGUCACUGCCUGGAGCUUUUUGGAUAAACCUGUUUGACAGCAUUUACAAAUAGAAAGCAUGUCAAGGAGCACAAAGUUCUCACUAAUUUCUAAGUCCUAGAUACACUGAGGAGAUCAGUUUUUGGGAGAUAUUCAUAUUUAAGUACACCCCUGCAACAGCACACAGUUUUGGUGCAGUAAGAUGAGGUAUAAGGGGCAGCAGUAAUUUGAAAUAAAGCAGAUGCUGUGUUGAUUUAGAUUGUCAUUCUGACUGGCUUGAUUGCUGCCGCAAUUGUCAUGUUAAUGCUUGUAUAAUAUUUGUUAACAUUGCAAUAUUUGUUAAUGUUAAUGUCAACUGCAGAAAUAUAUUGGACGGGAGAUUUUUUUUGAAGGAUUAGGUUUAUAUACCCAAUCUAUCCAUUCUAUCUAUCUAUUUGUUCUUAAUAAAAUAAUCAUUUUUACUGUUAUUGAGCUCUUAUAUACCCAUCAGUCAAAAAACAAGUACAAAACUCUUGUGCAAAUAGUUUAUUUUGUGUGAGUUUAUACAUUGCAAAUAAAUUCAACCUGCACACAAGGCAUCUGAAACACAUACAAAAGAUAAAGGAUAAUAUAUUAGUGCCCCACAAAACUUUCAACUGAGUGAGGGAUGACUUUUUUUUUUUUUUUUUUUUUUUUUUUUUAACCCUCUGGUUUACUGUAGCCAGAAAAAAUAGUAUUAUGGCACAUUAAAAUACUACAAACUUUUAGACAUGGGCAUUGUUAAGCCAUAAAUGUUAAAUACUUGAAUUACACUUAUAGAAACAGAGGAUACCAUUUCUAUAUAUAAAACAAAGAAUAUAAAACACAGUUCCAGUGGAUAACAAAAAAGGCACAAUCCUAAAUUCUGUAGCUACAUAACUUAAGAAAUGCAAUACAGUACAUGAAAUCAUUAACAGGACUUCACUAUAUGAUUUUAUGCAAGAGUUUGUGAAACAGAAAGCAGUUUAUAUAGAUUUACAUCAAUAGUGCUUGAUCAUAAAUUCACAACUAAACUACUCUUUAAAAAACAGCUUUAGGCCAUUAGAGACCAAUUUUAAGAUUUCAUAUUAAUGCAGUUUAAGACCAAAACAGCAUCCAAAAAUAUAGUGCAGCCACAAAAAAAAACACAUGCUCUUUAACACCUCCAACUCCUGAUAUGCUUAUGUGGGUAUGCAUAUAAUACUAUUCAAGUGUUUCAUUUAAGCAUUCCAGUUCUUUAAGAAGUCUUUAAAUAAUAGGUCCAGAGAUGUUUUGGAGGAUACACAAUGACAGGAUGUACUCUUCAUG